ACAAUGCCAACAAUUGUAGCCAUAACAAAUGGUUGUACAACAGUCGUGCAAUGGCAUUUUUAUAGCCAGGCAAUUCACCCAAGGUAUUCAAACACUUGGAAUACCAGCGGCAUGAAUUAUUUAUGCAGGGAUGAAAAGGACCCAGUAGGAGCUACCAUUCACGGGACACAGAGUCAAAACAUAUGGGCCCUGCUCCGUAUGCGUCAUCCUGGAAAACUAGAAAUACUGGUUCCAUGCACGGAGAGGGAUUGCUGCAGGCCGCAUUCCAUUCCUGACUGUGUUUUGUUUCACGUUUGUCUCCAGUCGGUUCCAGGGAAAAAGCUGCCUCUCUGCACACACCGCCGUGACUUGGAUCUCAAGAGGAAUCUCCCAACGCAGACGGGGGCUAUACGUGCAUGCACAGAAGACAACAAACCAGUCCUGAGCCUGCCUGCAUGCACCGGUGCCCCCCUACAUGCCUCGCACACACCUACCGGGGACAGCAUGUACACACCCUUCCGGCUGCUGGUCUCCAGCCAAAGUUGGCUCCUUUUAAAGAGAGAUUAGCGGGCGAGAGUAACACCUAUUGUUGGGGGAGACCUGUAGGCUCAACAAACUCACAUCGAGGAUGGACAGGAGCAGUAAAGGAAAGCCGGCAUGCGUGCGGCGGGCACAUACAACAACUCUGCUCAGGAAUUCCGAGUGGGAUUUAGCCAUGCUGCCCUGGAUCUACCUUGUUGUAGCUGCUGGUUUUGUUGUACUGGCCGGAGGGACAUCUGCCUGCCCCUUGGAAUGCGAGUGUAAUGGACCUACAGUAGCCUGCAGUAACUCCAGCUUGAGCACCAUUCCCAGAGGAAUACCAACCAACGUGACCACCUUGGACCUGAGUAACAGCCGGAUUGCUCUGAGCGGUGGAAUCUUUAGCAACUUCACGAACCUGUUAGAACUGAACCUCGGGUGGAAUACCAUCUCAACCAUAGAGCAGGGGAGCUUUCAAGGGCUGACGAACCUCAGAACGCUACUCUUACGUGGAAACAUGUUACGAACACUUCCUCAAGGCGUCUUUGCGGACUUGAGGUCCUUGCAAGUGCUUGAUCUUUCGCAGAACAACAUCAGAGACACACCAUCAGGGCAGUUCCCCCAGCUCGGAGAGUUGACCUCUUUGAACCUUACAGGGAACAGAUUACAAACUUUGCCUGCUGAUAUACUCCAACUCUUUCCGAACUUGACAUUACUCUCACUUUCGGACAACCCUUGGAGCUGCGAUUGCAAUUCCCGGUGGCUCAUUACGUGGAUUAAUCAACGAAAUUCAAGUGCGCAAUUUGACUCUCCGAGUUGCGGCGAGCCAGCUGGCCUGCAUGGAACGCUCUUAUCUUCGCUGGAGACGCACAACUUAACCUGCAACCCGCCGACAAUACACAACACCAGCGACCUGCAUGUUAACACUUCUGUGUACAGCACAGUUGAUUUGCAGUGUCAGGCCAGAGGGCUGCCACAACCAACGCUGUACUGGAGGCUCCCAGAUGGUAGAACUGUUCCCAUUCCCCAUGCGUGGACAGAUGGAGACACGCAGUUCAAUUUUAGCGGGGACGGGACCCUGCGGAUUGUCAACGUAACCGCGAGCAGUGCUGGCCGUUAUGUGUGCGGCGCAAACAACUCUGUUGGUAGUGACGAGGUCACUUACAGGGUAAACGUCAUUGUUCCAACAACAACAGCAUCCAUGCCAACUGUGGCCCCUACAAACUCAACUCCUGUCCCACAGAACACGACAACACAGCAGCCUGCAACAACACCAAAGCAAACAACACGAAAGGUGACCACCCCAGCUCCAACAACAAGAAGAACACAACCACCACCUACAACAGCCACACCUGCGGUCACAACAACAACAAGAACAACGACCACAAGGAUUAUUCCAACAACGACAACAAAACGUGACCCUUUAGCGGACAUCCCAUGGGACCAGUUUAGGAGGGACCAGUUGGGGGCAGGGUUGGGGAUUCCCCUCAUACUGUUAGCCAUCGGUGGGGGCGUGGCCGCAUGGUACUUCAUGAAGAGGAAGAGAAGAAAAGAUGCUGCGAGGAAAGCGGAGGCUCAAGAUGGGGGGUACAUCGUAGCCAAUCCCAUGGCUUUACAGAUGGACAAGGUGGAGCCCAAUGGUAAUGCAGCCAAUGGGAAUAAUGUAAAUGUACCAGAAAUUCCUGUUGAUGCCACAGUAAUAGAAAAUCCCUCGAUAAUAGAAACUCCGAACGGAACUCUGGUAUUUAUUCCAGAGGACAACAAGUCUUACAGAGAGUCAAAACUUAUCUAAACAUUGGCAAUGUUACAGGCAAGGAGGUUAUCAUAUCACAUAGGGUAACCUAAAGAUGUAAAUAAAUGUACAGAAUCGGAUGUAAAAUUGUACUAUUGCAAAUUCUUAUGCUAUUUAGAAUUAGGAUAGCAUAGGUGCCGUCCUAGUCGGUUUACGAAAGCUCUGACAUUUGCCAUUUAUAAAGAGGCGAGUGUGUGCUUAGGAAAACUACAAGGAUGGUACCAGGGCUAAAACUGGGAUAGUCGAUUCCACUGAUGUACAAAGUUAACCCAGGUAAUAUAUGUAUAUAUAUACAUCAAACGUAUGAAUAGUUUACAAGCAAAUACUUGACAAACCUAAGAAGACGAUUAUAGCAGUCCAAACAUGUACAAUGUAUUUACCAAAGCCAGUAUUUUGUAUUGUAGUCAUUAAAAAAGGUACCAUUUGUGAUGCAAAGGUUAAUAUUCAAGAACAAGUCAUUCUCCAAGCAGAUGUAAGGAUCUGGCUUAUUUCAGUGUUUCACGCCUGUUUUUGCAAGAUUUAUAUUAUAAUUUGUAUUGUUCAACAUUUUGACUAAAAACACUGAAAAACAAAAAAACUAGAAAAGAGUACUAAAUGUUGCAAACUUUGCAAAGAUGGGGA